AUAUAUCAAUAAGUAUUGCUUACAGUUUAUGAAAUUAUUUCUUCCGGAAUGCACUUUUGAUCUUCUUCUGGAAGUAUUAGCUGUUAUAUUCCUCGUUUUAAUGUGGUUCAUUAAAUAUAUUACUUUUUCUGCUGUUAUGGGAAAUAUAAAACAAUUACGGAACCAUGUUCAAAGUAACUGGAGUAUUAUUGUAAAUGAUCAAGAGACUGCCAUAAUGCACAAAUACGCUACCAUUGGAAGACAAUUUACGAUAGCUAUAGGAAUAUGCGUCUGUUUUGGAUGUUUCGGUUUUACUAUAAUACAAUACAUACCGAAUAUACUUGACAUCGUGAAGCCUUUAAAUGAGUCUCGCCCGCGUUUACUUCUUUAUCAGGCACAUUAUUUUGUUAAGCAACAAAAAUAUUUUUAUUUUGUAAUAAUACAUGAUGCUGUGGGAGUGCUUAUUAGUGGAAUUACUGGAAUAGCUGCUGAAACAUUUUCAUUGGUAAAUGCGUUACACGCUUUCGGAAUGUUUAAAAUUACCAGUUACCGCAUGAAACAUAUGCUAAGUGUAGACAUUUCACAACUAUCCACAGCGAAAAGCUAUAUUAUAUUCCAUGAUAAAAUAAUCGCUGCAGUGGAUACCCAUAGAAGAGCGCUUGAGUUUUCAGAUUUAUUAAAGGCUAGCUUUGGACUAUCAUAUUUGUUUAUGAUUACAGCCGGUCUAUGUACAGCAACUAUAAGUUUUUUUCGUCUAUUUCGCAUACUCACAAUGCAACAGGAAAAAAUGGAAACUAUUAAAUUAGUCUGUUACAUAAUUUUCGUUUUUCUAUUUUUAAUUAUAGGUAACUUUGUUGGACAAGAAUUUAUAAAUUGUGACGAACAUGUCUAUCACAUGAUCUGUAAUACGAAAUGGUAUAAUGCUCCAUUAAAAAUACAGAAAUUGAUAUUCUUUCUAAUUAGAAAAGGUACAAAGAGUUACAAAGUUGAUGCUGCUGGUUUGUUCAGUCCCUGUUUGGAAGGUCUGGCUACGGCCUUGAGUUUAUUGCUUUCUUUUUUUACACUCUUAUGUUCCAUGUAAUGUGCGUAUGUGAUUUCAAUUACAAAGACACCAAUUUUAUAAUUUUUGGGGGAAAUAUAACAUUACACAAAUUUUAAUAUGUUAUAAUUUAAAAAAUAUAUUUUUAAUAAACAUUUGAUUAAAUGUCUUAAUUUAAAAAUGUAUAAAACUUGUUGUUAAUUUACAAAUUCUGUUUAACAAAUGCUAUGGCAUUAAUUGUGUAAUAUUUUUUUUAAUUUAUAACAAAUGUAUUGGAUUAAAAUAUUGCUGUUUAUUUUUUAUGGUAUGAAAAAGAUAAAAAAUUAUAAAUUUAUUGUUUUGUUCUAGAGAUAAAAAAUACCUGUGUGUACAAAUAUUAUUAACUUAAAAAUUUGAUUAUUUAACAAUUUAUAAUCUGUAAAAAAAUUAAUAAGCUAAUAAUGACACACAAAGCUGAAUAACAAUAUAUGCUACAUACCUUAAUAAAAAUUAUAUUAAAAUUAUGUUCCAUGAUAAUAAUAAACCUUGCUUCUAAUGCCAAAUUUUUCUUCUAUUCAAUUUUAAUUAAAUAAAAAAUUAUUUGUGUUUGUCAUACGGAGGAUGAUUAUUUAUUCAAUUGGUACUUUUAUUAAUAUUAAAAUAUUAUUUUUGUGGAAUGUUUUUUGAUUCUUUUCAUUUCUGCUUUGAAAUGUCUUAUUUCUUGUUACUUAUAUUGGAUGUACUUUCUCUAAGUCUCAACAUGUUUCGCGUAAGUAUUGCGCUAACAUUAAUUGGCUUUGCAUUUAUAUUAAAAUGAUACUAAAUCACUCACAAUCAAUAAUGUGAGUAUUUUAUACUCAUAUAGUGACGUCAUUACUCAAUGAUGAGAAAGAAACGCGUAAAUAAUCACGCUUAUUUUGAUGACAAAAAGGCCUAUUCUCAAUAUCUGCAAUAAGUUAGAGUGAGAUACAUUGUAUAAAUGUUUUACUCUAACUUAUUACAUCAAUGUAGCAGUGCAACAAAAAAGAACAGGCCAAAAGCUAAUGAUCAUAAUAUCAUUAUUAGAUGUAAGUUACCUUGGUAUUCCGUCCCUAUUCCAUUACAAAAACUGCUACAAUUUAUAAUACAAUAGUAUUAUAAUACAAAUUAUAAUACAAAGAAGCCUGAAAAGUUGUAAAUUUACACUAUAUAGUGUAUUUGCCGAAUUGGCAUCACUUGAAUCACUUGAAUUUUUUACUUCGGUAAGCAUUAUCAAAUAUAUCAAAAGUUUAUGUAUAAUAUAAUAAAAUAAAAUAGUAAUUUUAAUAAUAACCUUUAAUCUUAUAUGUCUACAUAUUGAUAUUGUUAUAUACACAUCGAAAGAAAGUCCGCAUCGUUUUACAUCUCAUAUAAGACUGAAGGGACAUUGAAAAUAUGUGAAAACGACAUUACAAUUGCGCUUGCGUCGAUCGAAUAUAAGAGAUGACGAUAAUAGAAAACGAAUAACCAAUUACACGACACAUACAUACUUUGCAAGUAAUAAUGUAUUUGUUUUUAAUAAUAGACAUUUUAGUCAGGUAUAAGUUAAAAUUGCAAUUUGAACUUAGUUAUUCAACACAAUUUUAAUAUCCGCAAAAUUUCGUAAUUUCGACAUUAGUGUAAUAUCUGUAUGAUAUUUGUAAGCGAAAAAAUGUACAAAAAUUAUGAAAUUAUAAUAGAACAUGUUAGCA